AUGGGCGAAGUCGAAGUUCCGAACGGGGGCAAUCACUCUGCGCGAGCGUGCCAAGACGGUUUCAAACAUUUCUGCUCGUACGGACUGGUUUGCGAGGGCCAGCGGCGAAAGUGUGGUGGCACCGCACCGACGACACUCGAAGCACACCAACGCGAAGUCGACCAAAUAUCAGAGCGAGUACGAGGGUUCUAUGAGCGGAAAGAGAAGUUUAGGAUAUAUCAUGGAAGCACAAACAGCACUAGAAAGUCAGCGAUGGGCAAAGACCCCAAUACGGUUGUGGAUACGAGCAGGCUGAACCAUGUUGUGUCUGUGGAUGUCGACCGGAGAACAGCAUUAGUCGAGCCUAACGUGCCGAUGGACAGACUGGUGGAGGAGACGUUGAAGUAUGGUCUUGUACCUCCAGUCGUCAUGGAGUUUCCUGGCAUCACAGUUGGAGGAGGAUAUGCUGGUACUGCCGGCGAGAGCUCAAGCUUCAAACAUGGCUUCUUUGAUCGAACGCUGAACAAAGUUGAGAUCGUGCUGGCUGACGGAGACGUGGUCACGGCUUCAGAGGCGCGGCAUGCAGACUUGUUCAGAGGCGCUGCUGGCGCUGUAGGGACUCUUGGCGUGAUAACUAUGGCUGAGAUACAGCUCGUCAAGGCGACGAGGUUUGUCGAAGCCACUUACCACCCUGUCAAUAGUAUGAAGGAUGCUAUAGUCAAGCUUCAGGAUUUUACAUUUCGACCAGAGGACUUUGAUUACAUUGAUGGCAUCAUGUAUUCGCAGACAAGUGGGGCCAUUGUCACAGGACGAAUGACUGAUACACCCUCUACUGGCAUGGAAAUACGACGAUUCAGCAACGCUAAAGAUCCUUGGUUCUACCUCUACGUCAAGGACAAGAUCUCGACCACAACUCAGCCGACCUCAGAUGCUAUACCCCUCCCAGACUAUCUUUUCCGCUACGAUCGUGGUGGAUUCUGGGUAGGUCAAGCGCCUUUUGACUACUUCAGGUUCCCUUUCAACAACUGGUCUAGAAGCUGGCUAGACGACUUCCUGCACACGCGCAUGCUUUACAAUGCCUUACACGCAUCGGGUCGAAGCGAGCAAAUGAUUAUUCAGGACCUCGCUCUACCUUAUGACACCGCCGCAGAGUUCGUCACUCGCAUGGACAAGCUGACAGGAAUCUGGCCAUUAUGGCUUUGUCCGCUCAAGCAGAGCCUUCCCCCAACCAUGCAUCCUCAUUACGAAGCAUGGGAAGCAGAUGGCAAGACGCUCAAGCCAAUGCUCAACAUCGGCCUCUGGGGCAAAGCUCCACCCACUCAUGAAGGCUUCGUAAAUGUAAAUCGAAGCAUUGAAGCUACAUUGCAGGAGCUGCGAGGUAUGAAGUGGCUAUAUGCCCAGACAUACUCUCCCGAGGACGAGUUCUGGAAAGACUUUGAUCGCUCCUGGUAUGAGUCGCUGCGAAAGAAGUACCAUGCCACGAAUCUGCCAAGCGUGUGGGAGAAAGUUCAUGUGGAUCUUCAGGCGGAUAGGAAGGCGAAGGGGUCUGCUGGUCUGCUAAAGAAGCUGAAGAAUGUAUGGCCGGUCCCGGGGAUUGUGGGCUUGAGGAGGAGCAUCCAGAGCAAAGAUUACGUUGAAGCUAGAAAUCCAGCCUGGAAGGAUUGGGUAUCUUCAUCAGAUGCGUGA